UUUUUUUUUCUUUUCUUUUUCGUUUUUUCCUCUCUUUCUUUUUUUUGAAUGUCGUAUGAGUUCUCCUUCAUCUAAUUAUAAUAUUAGUAUAAAUAAUAAUGAUCAGUCAAAUAUUUCCAAAAGCACUUCUUCAGUUUCAUCGUCUCUUGUUAAAUUAUCACCUCCAGGAAAACAACCGUGGCUUCUAGAAGAGAACAACCCUCAAGGAGAUAUUACAUCAAGUAACAAAAGCUGGAAGAAUCAGCGAUGGUCUACCCUAUCUGGGUCUCUCAUUAUCUAUCGUAAAAAAAAGAAAUUAACAGCCUCACAACUCUGGUUAAACAAACAGAAACGAACCACAUUUCCGCCAUCAUUAGACAUUCUUAAACAUGAAGUGAAAUUACAACCUCCACAAAGACAACGGCAAAGUAUGCAGGAUGCUCUGAGUUCAAUGUAUCGAGAAAGCCAGCAUGAAUCCCAACACAGCACUUCUUCCUCCUCGCUUUCAAACCGAAUAGGCAAGAUACUAAAAAGAAAAGGCAAACAGCCCUAUAAACGCAAAAAAGAUCCACAAUUGACAAUCGAAACUAGUUUUACAGAGCAAGAUCUAAAGUCAGCCGCCAUGCAUCUUUUUCAGCCGCCACCUACCAUUUCCAGCGAAUCUACGACACCUACGACAUCUCCUGUCAAGUUUCCAACACCUCCUACUCAGUUUUCAGCUUAUUUUAUAGACAUAGAAGGUAGAACAGGCAAAGUCAAGUACAAAAAUCCAACCAAAAGACCUCAUUGCUUGCGAAAUUAUUUUCUACCAGAUAAUACAACUGGUCCUACUCAAAAACUAACACUAGAAGAAUUGACAAAAUAUAACCAAAGGCUUUCUAUGGACACACUUCUGUUUCUAUUCGGAUUCUUGUUUUUUCCUUGCUGGUGGGCUGGACUCGGCAUGUUUCUAUAUCGAAACUAUCGGUAUGAUCGGAUUGAACUUGUUGAAGAAUAUGAAUUAUAUUCUAUACGUACCAUUGGCUAUCUUAAUACUGUCUUUAGUGUCUUCAGCUUAUUUUUAAUGGUUAUUAUCCUUGUUUUGGUUGCACUUAUGGUCAAAGCUUAUUGACCUCUUUCUCUUGUUUAAUCACAGAAUCAUAAUAUACCUUUUCUAAUAUUUUCUAUAUUAAAAACUACCACCAAUGCGCAUGUCUUAUAUUCUUCUCUAAAAAAAGAAAGGAUAUAAUUCAGGAACAUGCCUUGUCAAUAAAGAGACUCUUCAUUAGCUAUUUUCUAAU